AUGAUUCCCCACAAGACUCAACACGUUACUCCCACGUUUUUCACUUUUGCAACUAUGAGAAAAGCUUUUGAAAGAAGGUCCAAAGCUCUGCAGUCCACAACCACCAACAGUCACUCCAGUUAUCGAAGUCUGAAUAAACCUUCUAAACAAAUUCGGCUUAUCGAAGUCAAAGCUCAGCAACCGAAAGCGCCUCUUGAGUUGAACCUGAGUAUUCACACUUUGAAUAAAGCUCCAGAUUUCUAUGCUGUCUCAUAUACAUGGGGUAGUGGUGAACUAUCAGAAAUGGUCCUGAUCAACGGUAACCCGAUGAUGGUGACUGGGAAUUGUUAUUAUGCCCUUUCGCAGAUACACUCCCAUUCUAAAUCUUCGACCAGUGGAACAACUUCGAAACGUGUCUAUCUGUGGAUUGACUCUAUUUGCAUCAAUCAAAACGAUAUGAAAGAGAAGGGGUACCAGGUUACGAUGAUGUUUGAUAUUUACUCGAAAGCUAUCAAGGUUCUGGCCUGUGUUGGGCCACAUGAAAAUGAUAGCGAGAUACUUAACGAAGUAUUGGAGGAGACGAAAUCCUUCCAGGGUAAUCUCUAUUCCAUUCGGGAAGAUAUCAUACAAGACGGUACCUUUACACACAGUACGUUUGAAGAUACCAUCAAUACCUUCGUAGAGUCAAAGCGCCCCUCAGAGUCAUUCGGUAUACGACUUCGUAAGGCAGUUCUUGCCUUUGCAAAUCGGGAUUAUUGGAGCCGACUCUGGAUCAUACAAGAAGUGGCUGCGACAAGUGGAAGUGGAAGCCAACUUGAAGUUCUAUGCGGCACCGAUAGAUUCUCGAAAUCUGAAGUCUAUCUGUUGUUUUAUAUUGCCUGCUAUAUAGCUACUGAUGAGAGUAUGCAGGAGGUAAGGGCUACUACACCUAGAAAGAUUGAGUGCGUGAAGCUAACGGGCAAUAAGAAUCGACCUAUGCAGGCUAAUGAGCAAGAUUUAUAUAAGGACGGUACACAUCACUGUUUCAGAUUUGUCAUGGACGCAAUUACAGUACGACGUAUCAUGGCUCAUCAAAUUUUCUCGUUCACCAAUGAUCUAUUCAAGUGUUCUAGACCGGAGGACAAGAUCUAUGGGCUUCUAUCUCUUAUCAAGUGGAGGGAUAAUUUCCCACCUUUGCGACCGGUCUAUCACGACUCUGCUUCUUUUGACUUAGCAAAAUCGCUUAUUUGUCAGACUGACUGGAUGCAGCCUAUUGAAAUCCAGCGUAUCCUCAAAGGGUUGGAAAUAUGCUACAGUCAUGGCUGGAUGAGAAAUCUCGUAGCCAUGAGAUCUAGCGGUGUAGUCCCCACAGAAGACAUCGAUGACAGAGAUCUGAUUCAUCGUUUCAGAGGAGCCAAUCACUUGGUCAUGUUUAUUAACAAGAAUGAUGCUAACCAGCUGAUGACAUCUCUGGUCUAUUCAAACGAUAAAAGCUCGCCUUUGACCAGUGUGGAUAAGAGGGCAGCAAGCCUCCGGAAGUUUACAAGCAAGGAUGACAAAACAAAAUUGUUGUUCACAGACUCUGAAGUCAGCGCCUUAGUUUGCGGCGCUGCUCAGGCGGGUGACCUAAUAAUCAAGACGGGAUAUGGACGCGGGCUUCUUAUACUACGAUACACGGACAAUCAAGAGGAGUGUACUAUCGUGGGGCAAGGCUUACUUUGCACGGGAUAUGAGUUUCCUCGUCGUCUACCCGAACGUCUGGACAUUCUAGAAAAGAGACUAGAGAGGUUCCAAAUGUCUCUGUCUCAUCCUAAAGAACUCUCACCCUUUGCAAGAUCGUGGGAUCAUCGGUUUACAGCCUUUGGAGGAACAUCAGGAAUGUCAGAAAGGGAGCGCUGUGAGAAGGAGUUGGGGUAUCAAGUAGAAGAAGCAAAUUUGUUUUCAGAAGUUGGCUACAUGACAAACAUACAGCUGAAAACCAAACCAGUCGAGAUGGUAGUUCUUGCAGGACAGGAUAUAGAGAAGGAUGGAUCCCAUAAUGUGGAAGAAAGUUUACAGAGAUUAGAUACUGCUAUAUGUGGCAUAGUUAGACUUAUACCUAUGGCGAAUUAG